AGCAGAAUGUGUAACAAUUUGUAUGAAUAUAACCUUGUUUUAGGUGAUAGUUCAUAGCUAUUUAUGCAUACUCUCUUAUAUAUUGGACCAGAGCUAAAUCCAUAGAUUUGCAACACUUUUAGAAAUUAUCAUGGCUAAUCUGGAACUUCUUACAUAGAUGGAAUGGACAAUAUGAAUUUGAAUUGUUAUUAAGGAACAAAAUCAUAUUUUGGUUAACUGCAAUGCCAAAGAUGCUUCGUAAGUUAAAGGAAAUAAAAUCUGGAUGCAUAAUGGAGAUGUGGUACUGCGUUAUUAAUCUCAGUAUAUAUAAAGCACUCUUCACUAGCAACAUUUUAGAGCAUCGAUCAAAAUUAAACAAUGGCUAAUCAUGGAGCUAUCCUAUUUUCGUAUGCUUUCCCCACUCUUAUACUAACCUUGAGCUUUUUCCUGUGCAAAGCCAUUGAUGAAAACAGAACGAUCCACAUUGUGUACCUAGGCUCACUUCCUGAUAAUGAGGUGUACUCACCAACGUCUCACCACCUUGGUUUACUCCAAAAAGUUGUCGACAGUAACUCCGCUGCAAAUUUCUUGACAAGAAGUUACAAAAGGAGUUUCAGUGGAUUUGCUGCCAAUCUCACUGACCGGGAAAGGGAAAGGCUUGCUAACAUGAAGGAAGUGGUCUCUGUCUUUCCUAGCAGAAUUCUCCAUCCUCAGACAAUAAGAUCUUGGGACUUUAUUGGUUUCAAUGAGAAAAUAAGACGGAAUGCCAGUGUUGAGAGUGAUACCAUUAUUGGUGUCAUUGAUUCUGGAAUUUGGCCUGAAUCGGAGAGCUUUAAAGAUGAUGGUUUUGGUCCUCCUCCCAAGAAGUGGAAAGGUACUUGUGAGGGCGGCCAAAAUUUCACUUGCAAUAAGAAGCUAAUUGGAGCCCGGGUUUACAGUUCAUCUUCAGAGUCUGCAAGGGAUGAACAAGGCCAUGGAACCCACACAGCCUCAACUGCUGCAGGGAACACUGUAAAGGAUGUGAGCUUUUAUGGACUAGCAGGAGGUACUGCAAGAGGAGGGGUUCCCUCAGCGAGAAUUGCUGUGUAUAAAGUAUGUGGUCAGGAUGGGUGCCCUAGUGAUGCUAUAUUGGCUGCUUUUGAUGAUGCUAUUGCGGAUGGAGCUGACAUCAUUACAGUUUCAUUAGGAAGCGAGGAAGCAUCUUUAUUACAGUAUGAUCCUAUUGCUAUCGGUGCUUUCCAUGCAAUGGCAAAGGGGGUACUUACAUCAAAUUCCGCAGGCAACAGUGGUCCUGAUGAUUCAUCUGUUUCAAGUGUAGCACCAUGGAUACUUACAGUUGCAGCAAGUAGUACUGAUCGUAGGAUCAUUGACAAGGUUGUUCUCAGAAAUGGGACGACCAUGGUUGGGGCUUCAGUGAACACUUUCAAAUUAAAUGGGACAAAUUUUCCAUUGAUCUAUGGAAAAGAUGCUUCAAGUAAUUGCUCCGAGAUCGAAGCUGGGAGCUGUUCAGACGGCUGCUUAGACCGUGGUUUAGUUAAGGGAAAAGUUGUGUUAUGUGACGUGACUAGCGGAGUUGAUGAGGCCUAUGUUUCUGGAGCAGUAGGCUUCAUUUUGAGACUUGAUUAUGAUGAUGUUUCUGAAAUUGUACCCUUUCCUACAACAGCUCUUGCCAACAAAGAGCAUAGUCUGAUAAAGUUGUACACGAACUCCACGAAAGAUCCUCGAGUAAAAAUACAAAGAAGUGAAGAAGCAAGGGAUACUGCCGCACCUGUUGUUGCUUCAUUCUCUUCACGUGGACCAAAUUCAAUUCUACCAGAAAUUAUCAAGCCAGAUAUAAGCGCCCCAGGAGUUACUAUUUUGGCUGCCUUUUCACCUAUUGCUUCAGUUACAGAGAGUCUUCAAGACACAAGGCGUGUCAAAUAUAGUAUACUAUCUGGAACCUCCAUGUCUUGUCCCCACGCAGCUGGUGCAGCUGCUUAUGUUAAAGCAUUCCAUCCUGAUUGGUCUCCAGCAGCCAUCAAAUCAUCUCUCAUGACUACAGCUUCUCCCAUGAAUGUUUCUGACAAUAGCAGUGCCGCUGGUGAAUUUGCUUAUGGAUCUGGACAUAUCAAUCCUGUCAAAGCUAUAGACCCAGGGCUUGUGUAUGAAGCUUCUAAGGAAGACUACAUAAAGUUGCUAUGCUCGGUCUUGGAUCAGCCCGAUGUUAGACUUAUAUCAGGAGAUAACAGCACUUGCUCUACAGGCUCUGACAAAGGAUCUUUACAGGAUCACAAUUACCCUUCACUAGCAGCCGUUGUCACACCAAACAAAUCUUUUUCGUUGAAAUUUAACAGAAAAGUUAAGAAUGUUGGCCUUGCAAACUCCACUUACAAGGCCACAAUAUUCGCCAACUCUACUCAAGUUGACGUCAAAGUGGUGCCUCAAGUUCUUUCCUUCAAGUCCUUGAAUGAGGAGAAGGCUUUUGAUGUGACAGUUGCCGGAAAAGGUUUGCCAGAUGAAGUACAAUCACAUGUGUCUGCAUCGCUGGUGUGGUCUGAUGGAAUUCAUAGCGUUAGAAGUCCAAUUCUUAUCCACAACAAACAAUAA